GCUUCGAACGCGGAGGCCGCGGGGUCCGGGCGAAGAGCGAGCGAGCGAGCGGCGCAGGGACCCCGCGGGCGGCUGGGGCUUCCGCGGCGCCCGCUUCCCCUCCCUCCCCUCCGGCUCUCGGGACCGCCGGCCGGCGCCGCCUCCCGGGAAGAUGGCGCUGCACUUCCAGAGUUUGGCUGAACUGGAAGUAUUAUGUACUCAUCUCUACAUAGGGACUGAUCUUACACAAAGAAUCGAGGCUGAGAAAGCCCUCCUGGAACUUAUUGACAGCCCAGAAUGUCUCAGCAAGUGUCAACUUCUGUUAGAACAAGGAACAACAUCCUAUGCUCAGCUCCUUGCAGCAACAUGUCUUUCAAAACUUGUUAGCCGAGUCAGUCCUUUGCCAAUUGAACAGAGGAUAGAUAUCAGGAACUACAUUCUUCAUUAUGUGGCCUCACAACCCAAGCUGGCUCCCUUUGUCAUCCAAGCUCUGAUUCAAGUCAUUGCUAAAAUCACUAAGUUGGGGUGGUUUGAGGUGCAGAAAGACCAGUUUGUCUUCAGAGAAAUCAUUGCUGAUGUGAAGAAGUUUCUUCAGGGUACUGUGGAACACUGCAUAAUAGGAGUAAUAAUCCUUUCAGAAUUGACUCAGGAAAUGAACCUGGUUGAUUAUUCUAGACCUUCUGCAAAACACAGGAAAAUAGCUACCUCAUUUCGUGAUACUUCCCUCAAAGACAUUUUAGUGCUAGCAUGCUCUCUUCUAAAAGAGGUGUUGGCCAAACCUUUAAAUCUUCAGGAUCAAAGUCAACAAAAUCUAGUAAUGCAGGUCUUGAAACUGGUCCUCAACUGCCUUAACUUCGACUUCAUUGGCAGUUCCGCCGAUGAAUCUGCCGAUGAUCUGUGCACAGUGCAGAUCCCCACAACCUGGAGAACAAUUUUCUUGGAACCAGAAACAUUGGAUCUAUUCUUCAAUUUGUAUCAUUCACUUCCACCACUGCUAUCUCAGUUAGCACUUUCAUGUUUAGUUCAGUUUGCUUCUACAAGAAGGUCCUUAUUUAGCAGUCCUGAACGUGCCAAGUACCUUGGUAAUUUAAUUAAGGGAGUAAAAAGAAUACUUGAAAACCCUCAGGGUUUGUCUGAUCCAGGUAAUUAUCAUGAAUUUUGUCGAUUUUUGGCUCGUUUAAAGACAAAUUACCAGCUGGGAGAAUUAGUUAUGGUGAAGGAGUAUCCUGAAGUUAUCAGAUUGAUUGCUAAUUUUACCAUUACUAGCCUACAGCACUGGGAAUUUGCUCCCAACAGUGUUCAUUAUUUAUUAACUCUGUGGCAAAGGAUGGUAGCAUCAGUUCCUUUUGUGAAAUCAACUGAACCCCACUUAUUAGACACUUAUGCACCAGAAAUCACGAAGGCCUUUAUCACUUCUCGGUUGGAAUCUGUUGCCAUAGUUGUGAGAGAUAAUUUAGAUGAUCCACUAGAUGAUACGGCUACUGUGUUUCAGCAGUUGGAGCAGUUAUGUACUGUCAGCAGAUGUGAAUAUGAAAAGACAUGCACUCUUCUUGUACAGUUGUUUGACCAAAACGCACAGAAUUACCAAAAGCUGCUGCAUUCACCUUCUGGGAUAACUGUGGACAAGGCAAUUCAGGAAGGGCGUCUUGCAUGGCUGGUUUACUUAGUUGGGACAGUUGUUGGAGGAAGAUUAACAUACACCAGUACAGACGAACAUGAUGCUAUGGAUGGAGAAUUAUCCUGUCGAGUUUUUCAGCUUAUAUCUUUAAUGGAUACCGGAUUGCCUCAGUGUUCUAAUGAGAAAAUAGAGCUCGCAAUUCUCUGGUUCUUGGAUCAGUUUCGUAAAACAUAUGUUGGUGAUCAACUUCAAAGAACCUCAAAGGUUGUACGCCUGAGGAGUGAUGUGUCCAGAGUUCCAGAGAAGUCUUGGAAAAUAGUGAAGGUAUAUGCCCGAAUGUCAGAAGUCUUAGGAAUAACAGAUGACAACCAUGUUCUGGAAACAUUCAUGACGAAAAUUGUUACAAACCUUAAAUACUGGGGAAGAUGUGAGCCUAUAAUUUCAAGGACUCUUCAGUUCCUAAAUGAUCUGUCUGUUGGCUAUAUCCUUUUAAAAAAACUUGUGAAGAUAGAUGCUGUGAAAUUCAUGCUAAAAAAUCACACGAGUGAGCACUUCCCCUUCCUUGGCAUCUGUGACAGUUCCAGUCUCAGUGACUUCAGGUGCCGAACCACCUUCUACACAGCCCUCACUCGCCUUCUGAUGGUAGAUCUAGGCGAAGAUGAGGACGAAUUUGAGAAUUUCAUGCUCCCUCUUACAGUCUCUUUUGAAACAGUAUUACAAAUAUUCAACAACAACUUUAAACAAGAAGAUGUGAAGCGUAUGUUGAUCGGGCUGGCAAGAGAUCUUCGAGGGAUUGCCUUCGCACUGAACACAAAGACCAGCUACACCAUGCUGUUUGACUGGAUUUAUCCAACAUAUCUUCCCAUUCUUCAACGGGCUAUUGAGCGGUGGUAUGGAGAGCCAGCAUGUACAACGCCCAUCUUAAAACUUAUGGCAGAACUGAUGCAGAACAGAUCCCAGCGUUUGAAUUUUGAUGUAUCAUCUCCUAAUGGAAUUCUUCUCUUCAGAGAAGCUAGUAAAAUGAUUUGCACUUAUGGUAAUCAGAUCCUGUCCCUUGGGAGCCUCUCAAAAGAUCAGAUUUAUCCAAUGAAACUCAAGGGCAUCUCCAUCUGCUAUUCAGCUCUCAAAUCUGCCUUGUGUGGAAAUUAUGUCAGCUUUGGCGUCUUCAAGUUGUAUGGGGACAACCAUUUUGACAACGUUCUCCAGGCCUUUGUCAAAAUGCUGCUGACGGCGUCCCACAGUGACUUGCUGCAAUAUCGGAAACUGAGCCAGUCUUACUAUCCACUCCUGGAAAGCCUCACCCAGGACCACAUGAGCUUCAUCACCAACUUGGAGCCUCCUGUACUCCUGUACGUUCUCACGUCUAUCUCAGAGGGCCUCACUACUCUUGAUACACUUGUGUCCUCCAGCUGCUGUACCAGUUUAGACUACAUCGUCACCUACCUCUUCAAGCACAUAGCAAAAGAGGGCAAGAAGCCACUUCGAUACAGAGAGACUACCCGGGCCGGUCAGAGAUUAUUACAUUUUAUGCAGCAAAAUCCAGAUGUCCUGCAGCAGAUGAUGUCUGUCCUCAUGAACACCAUCGUCUUUGAAGACUGUCGGAACCAGUGGUCAGUAUCCAGGCCCCUCCUGGGGCUCGUCCUGCUCAAUGAGAAGUAUUUCGGUGAACUGAGGGCCAGUCUGAUAAACAGCCAGCCUCUCCCCAAGCAGGAGGUCCUGGCCCAGUGCUUCAGGAACCUGAUGGAAGGAGUGGAGCAGAACCUGUCCAUCAAGAACAGAGACAGGUUCACCCAGAACCUAUCCGUCUUCAGAAGGGACGUGGCAGAGGUCCUGCGCAGUGAUGGCAGCACUGACCCAUGCAGCCUGGACAUGAUGAGCUGACACGACCUCUCUGACCGUGUGCCGAGCAGCCUUUAUCAAGAGACUCUUGUGGGUCUGGGUCCCAGGACAGUGAUGUUGGCUAGCCCACAGGAAUCUAUUUUUCAAAACAAACAACAACAGCAAAAGCCCUACCUUUUUAUAAGUCUGGCCUAAUUAUAAGAAUUUGUAAUAGUGCACAAACGAUGUAAAUUCAUUCUUUGCUCUGAAAAAGCAAAAGUGUUUUCAGUCUUUCUAUAAAAUAUCAUUAUCUUUGUUCUUCUAAUGCUCUGGAAGAGUGUAGAAACAAUAUGUAACCAAAGAACAUAAUAAACCAGGUUUGCGUCUAA